AUGUCUGGCAUUCACGAGAGUCGACGGGGGCAGGACCUGGCCGCGACAAUUACGGUGACUGCGCUGGCCGUGGUGUUUAUCUUUUUGAGAUUUUUCUCGCGGGGAAAGAAAGGAGCGGGACUUGGCUUGGAUGAUUAUGCGAUACUGGUAUCCUUGCUAUCAAUCGCUUAUGAGUGCUUUCAUUCCAUAACUGUGGGCUUGGUCAAGAUAACCAUCCUACUAAUGUAUUCUCGCAUGUUUCCCACUCGAGGUUUUCGCCUUGCCACCAUUGUUUUGGGAACAAUUACCGCUUCAUGGGUUAUUGCUAUGAUCUGCGUCAAUAUUUUUCAAUGCUCUCCUAUUGGAAAGGCAUGGGAUCCAUCAUUAUCAGGGACUUGUAUCGAUUUAAAAGCAUCCUUCAUCGGGAAUGGCGUUCCCAAUAUCGUGACCAACAUCGCCAUUCUGUCUCUCCCGACACGAUCAGUAUGGAGUCUGCAGACCACAACGACUCACCGUCUAUCUGUCAUUGGAAUUUUUGUUUUUGGUUGCUUUGUUGUUUUCACAAGCGUCUACCGCUUUGCUUCACUUAUGGAAUUCCAGUACGGAGAUACAGCCUGGACGCUCAGCAAAGCAUGCACUUGGGGUAUGGUCGAGUGCGCUAGCGGCAUUAUUGCAGCCUGCAUGCCCACUCUGCGCCCUUUGACUGCGAUGAUAUCGCCGAAAUUCACACGCCCAGAAAGUCCUCAGAUGAUCAAAACCACUGAGCUUCAGGCCCCUGAGAAUGAAAAGUCCUCGGGAAUGGCCUUUCGCCCUCCAGACGAGCUUAUCAACAAGCCGAGAGUGCAUUUGGAAGUGACACAGCUUGAGGACGAGUCAGGUGAUGAAGUGCCUCUCAAUACUAUCAUGGUACGGCGCAGUAUGACAUGGCAAGAGACAAACUCUGGAUAG